UGUGAGUGUGUAGUACGAGAUUGAAAGAGUUUGCCCGGGUGUUCUGGGAAUGUUCCCCCGGCGCGAAGAGUGGAAUAUUUCCUUUGCGGGAUGCGGUUUCCGAAGCGUUUACUACCUGGGAGCAGCGGCGUGCAUCCUGGAGCGAGCGCCGCGCUUGGUGUAUGGAGCCUCCAAGAUCUGCGGCGCGUCUUCGGGAUGCCUGGUGGCCGCGGCGUUGACUGUGGGACUCCCCAUCGAAGAUUUGUUUGCGGACUUGUUGGCGGCGGCCAAAGAGGCCAGAAAACAUUGCCUGAGCGUCUUCCACCCGACCUUCAGCCUCCUGCGAACGCUGCGCGACUCCCUCCGAGAGAAACUUCCGGAAGAUGCCCACAGGCGUGCCUCAGGGAGGCUGUGCGUGUCGCUCACCAGGAUGAGCGACGGGAGCAAUGUUCUGGUGUCUCACUUUGACAGUAGGGAGGAGCUUAUACAGGUGCUAAUGUGCAGCUGCUUCUUUCCCGUCUACUGCGGCUUCUUCCCGCCCUCCUACCGCGGACAGUUUUACAUUGAUGGGGCCCUGAGCAACAACAUGCCGCUGCUGGAACUUCCUAACACCAUCACGGUGGCGCCGUUCUGCAGCGAGAGCGACAUUAGCCCCAAAGACGGCGCAUGGGCUACCAUCUCCGUGCACUGCUGUAAUCUCAGCAUCCAGGUGACUGCGGGAAACGUGCGACGCAUCUACACCUCCUUCCUGCCUCCCGCCCCAGAGGAACUGGCUGAGAUAUUCCACAGUGGCUACAAGGAUGCUCUUCACUUCCUGAGACAAGAGGAACUACUCGGAAGAUCUUCGGACGAGGUGGAAGUUUCAAUGGCAGCCUUUGGGGGACAACACUUGGGGUUGGAGCAUAAACAUCCACAAAGCCUCCCGCUCAAAGUUAAGAAAUCACUGUGUGUGGCGUGUAGGAAUGCAGGCGAUAUCCCAAGAAGCCAGAGCUCAAGUCCAUUCGAAGGAUUUUACUCCAUGCUGACUCCACUGGUGUUGACGCUAGAGCUGAUCUUGUUCCUUUUAAAGAGCCUGCUGAAAAUGACCAACAAGCAGCAAAGACAAAGUGGUUGCCAUGACAACAACAGCAGGUUUGUGUGCGCGUUUACGUACAAUUUUAAAGGUGCUUUGGAGGUUUUUUGUGCUGAAUUAAAUCAAUGUAAAGGCAUUUGAAUAACUCGAAUGUAAAUGCAUUAAUUAAAAAAAAAGUGUAAAUUUUUACUUAUUUAAUGAACGGCCUUUUUAG